AUGUCCUCCCUCUCCAUCUUCCGCAUGGCGACCCGCGCCGCUCGCCCUAGCAGCUUCUUCCGAGCUCCCCAAUUGACCCGCAGCCGGAUGCAGUCCCCAAUGACUCUGUCCGCCGCCCGCGCCCACAACUUCGGCACCACCUCCGUGCGCCGCUCUGGCCACGAGGAUGAGACAUUCGAAGAGUUCUCUGCCAGAUUCGAGAAGGAAUUCGAUGGUGUGCAGGAUGUUUUCGAGCUUCAGCGCAACCUGAACAACUGCUUCGCCUACGAUCUCGUCCCCUCCGUUGAGGUCCUCACUGCCGCCCUCAAGGCUGCCCGCCGUGUUAACGACUUCCCUACUGCCGUCCGUGUCUUCGAGGGUGUCAAGGCCAAGGUCGAGAACCCCGAACAGUACAAGCAAUAUCUCGAGGCUCUCGAGGGUCUGCGCGUGGAGCUGGGAGUCGCUCUCCGUGAGGAGCUCUACCCCCAGGAGGCCUAA